GGGGCGGUUCGGCGGCUACUAAUUGUAGCCAUAAAUCUUACAAUCCUAACAAUCUGGGAGUAAAAAUAUUUGGUAGCCAGUUAGUUAAAAAGGGCAGCAUAAUUGUUCGUCAACAUGGCACCAAAUAUAAAGGAGGACCGGGGGUGUUUUUGGGUAGGGAUUACACCAUUCACGCUCAACAUGAUGGAAUAGUAAAAUUUUAUCAAAAGUAUAUCAGAAGGCAAAAGAGAACUUUUGUGUCGGUUUUACCGCUAGUUAAGGCAGG